AUGGUUGCAACACGACGAAUGGGUGGGGGCACCAACCCAAAGACCCAGCCUAAGCCGGCUGUGUCCUCCAAGGCUGAAAAAGCCGCCAAAGCCGCCAAAGUAAAGGCUGAGAAGGAGGCAAAGAAGGCCGAGAGGGCUGCAGCAAAGGCUGUAAAUGAUGCAAAGAAGGCCGCAAUCAAGGCCCAGAAAGAUGCAGAAAAGGCUGCAGUGAAGGCCCAGAAGGAUGCAGAGAAAGUCAAAGCGAAAGCUGCCAGUACCAAAAGCAGCACAAAGCGAAAACCUGCUUCGAAGACUAAAGCUGCCAAAGUUACCAAAGUCGCCAAACCUGCCAAAUCUGCCAAAACUUCCAAAAAGGCGAAAGCCACAAAGAGCAGAGGUAGAACAGUUGCAAACCAAUAUGAUGAAGACGAGGAUGAAGAUAAUGAAGAAGCUCAUGACGAACCACCGGCCAAAAGGCGCAAGAUUUCGACUCCACCCAAACCCCGUGUGGAAGUCGGCCCGCCCAAAGAAAAGCGUCCGGCUUUCCAAAUCGGAAAAUGGGAGUACACAAUGAACACUUAUCUCCCAGAAGGCUUGGAGAACGCAAAGAAUAGACCUCUACCACACAUCUAUAUCGGAGGCACAGCACCGCAGCCUCGCUGGGUGAUCACUCAAAGUGAAAGCAUACAGGUCCCUGUCAAACGACCAUAUACCACAAAUGCCCGAUCCAGUAGCAGGGAGAGGAGAGAUGUUGGAGGUUUGCAGUGGACCUUUGAAGAAGGGGACUUCAAGAAGUGGAGUGGGCUAGAAUACCCAGCUCUUUACGAACUUGCGUACUUGCGCCUCGAGUAUACACUCACCGAUUCGGAGGUCCGAGAGGAGAUCUAUGAUUCCCUAGCUCAGGGUUUGCCCAAGGAGGUGACCAAAGGGGACACAUGGUACCCAGCUCUGCCGCCAAUUCCCAUCACAAGGCACUUUUUGGGAGGGUCCUCUGCGCAACCCAGCCGAAAAUCAAGUGACACAGCCUUUUAUUUCGGAAAUUAUGAGCGUCCAAACAUGGCAGUCCAACCUCGUGAUGUUCGAUUUGCGCAGCUGUAUCCCCAGGCUGUGGCUUCCAAUCUUCUUAAUCGACCGAAUCUCGAGCCAUGGCCGACUGCCUCGCGCUCUCCAAGUCCCGAUUCGAAAAGCGAACCGGGUAACGAGGAUGGCAGUGAUCAGAGUCAGCCAGUCGAGCCUUACCUGGAACGGAAUCCAGAGGAAGCUUUCUCCGAACCGACAGCAGCUAUUAAUGAGGGCAUUACGGACGACGAAGAUAGUCUGGCAGGCAGAUCUAGGGGGUCGUCUGUUUCUGAGGCGCCGGACCUGGAACCAAUUGAUGAGGACACUUAUUCGGAACCGACAACGCCUGUUUCUCUUGGAGACAAUGAGCAUGCACGACUUGAUACAAUGUCGCAAGAUGGUUCAAUCUUUGGCGACGACAAAUAUGAUGCCGCUCAGGUCAAGCCCAGCUCAGAUCAGGACUCUCGAGAACAAUCGCCUAACAGCCUUCACUCUGGACCCGGCUCUGAUAGCGAGGUCAGCGCUUCUUCCAAGACCAGUGGGCCUAGCAUGGUCAACGCCGCUGACGAUAAUAGCGCCCAAUCGACGAAUAGCCUAUCCCCGGUAUCCCAUGAUGGGCUCUUCAGCCCUGAAGAGAUUGAGAGGUACUAUAGCGAGAGGAACAGAGUUUUUGAGCAGGCAAGGUUAGGCGGAAUUGAACAUCAGGAAGCGCCAGAAGUAAAGAGCCAAGCACGGCCGUCACCAGAUCCUGGGAGUAUGUCGGGGAAGCCACUGAGAGUCGUAACGGAGAGAGCGAAGGUCAAAACGGGAGCGCCCGUAGAGUCAAAUAAACGAAAUCGAAUGGAGUCGCCAUCAACACCAUCAAUACCAUCACCACCCACGAGUCGAAGGAAGACGGCGAGUGAGAUCAAGGUUGACAAAGUUACGGCACUCGCAGAAGCAGCCCAAAAUCAACGGGCUGAAAUGCGAGCCGCUGCAGCAGAGAAAGUAUCAGACAAGCCGCCGGUACCACUGUUGAAGAAGACGCAAAACUGGACAGGUGCAAGAUCACAGGCGCGUGCACCUAGUCCUGAAAUUCUGCCUAAUCUGCAAGAUAGGUUCUUGGAAGAGACCAAGAGGUAUCUCGUUGACCCAACUCAGAGAGCCAGACAUUUCCCUGACCCUAUUGCUGUCCGCCGUGUUAGAGUGUGGGCAGGGGAGGAAAUGGCGAGCCAUGAGAUCAAACCCACAGUCGACGCUACGCUUGCCCCUUGGGCUGAAAGGCAUCGGCCUUUCAGUCAAUGGCAAGUUCCGACCGAGAAAAAGGAGCAAGGGACAAAGUAA